UUUGUCUGUUACUUUUCACUUUUUUCUUCAAUAAAAUUUUAUAGUAUGUUUUUAUGUACACAUAAGUUCUUUUUGACUACGCAAUAAUAAUAAGUUUCUCUAAAAUUUUUUGUAAUAAGUGUAUUUUAAAAUAAUUAUUAAGAAAUAUUUUUUAUUUUAAAAAAAUCUCUACUUUCUAAAACAGAAGACUAAAUUAAGAAAUUUUUCUUAGCAAAUAGAGAAGUAGAACUGAUAUUUUCUGUGUGCAUGUAUUAUACAUCAUUCGUUUUACAAUCAAUUUAUGUAUAAUGAAUGUCAACGAGUUAUCUAUAUUGCAGUAAUUAUAGAUUCAAGCCGUGUUUGCAAUUAACAUCUGAAACUUUGAAACCACACUAGAUUAAAACUAGGAAAAUGUUGGUCUAGUUCGUCACGCAAUAUUAUUUUGAAACUCGAUUCUGUUGAAGUGACGGGACAGUAUAUUAGUCACUCAAUCGAUAUUGUCGGAAUAUUGCCGAUCGCAGAGGCGUGUUUGUCAUCGUGUUGUUGGCACAAAUUAUCUCGAAAUUUUGUCCAUCGCCUCUCGUGAAUAAAAACAAUUCACGCCCCGCUAAUAACUUUCUCUUUCAGCAACAAUCUGGCUGGAAUUGCCACAAUGACAAACACUUGAAGGCAAACCAUUCUAAUGUAUUCGCAGAUACUCAUCAAAGCAACGGCUAGUUAGCUUUACCAUAAAUUACAGAUCAAUCGACAGUUUGCAUACAAAAACGAAAACGAAACCGUGCAGAACCGAUAGUCGACAGUCGGCCGCAAGAUUAAUCACAGUUAUCGCGCAGUUGUUGUAUGCGUAGUUUAAAAUUAUAUAAAAUACAUUUUCGAUUGGCGAGUGAAUACUCGUGAUCGAUUUUUCGGCACACAAAGUGAACUUCGACAGCUCGAAACAUCGGUUUACCGUGAAUAAUCUAUUUAUUUGUCAUAUUUCACGAGACUGAACGAGCGCUCACGGUUUCUCGCUACGACGAUCAUCGCCAGCAAUUAUCGCCUCGCCCGAUGACGAGUAAUGUCAAGGAUGCGAGGCACAAAGCAUAUGCUGAAUUGAAGGGUCCGGCCAAAUGGGCCAGUAACGCCGUAGGAAUUUGAAGCAACAACUAUAUAUAGACUCCCGAUUAUGGUUGCCGAUGAUUGAUAACGCAAUCGCCUUACGCGAAACUCUUCCCGGACGGACGUUACAUCUCGCAGAGUGGAAUUUACCGAUCUAAGGGAAUCCACGAGGAAGAACUCAAACGCGAGUGAUGAUUACGAGUUACGAUAGUAUGAGUGACUAUAUCGCGUGCAAGGGCGGCCACAAAUUUCGUUAAAUACUACAAAGUCUACUUAGAAGAAUUGUCCAAUCUCCUGAAUUCCGUUGGAGAACGGAAAACCUGCAGUCGUUCUCUUCAGCUCGCCGAGGGCAUUAGACAGCGAAGGUUUGCGCAGCCGCUCUCCCACAUUUUGUGAUCGAGACCGAUGUGCCGGGAGAUUUAUCGAUCAUCAACAUACAAGCCACCCACUUGUCAUUCGUCGUGAUAUCUCGCUGUGAUCGAGUGUAUAUUACUUGUCGUGGAUCUACACAAUUAUAAUCGAAAUUAAGAAACGUAUGCGGCGCCUAAUUCAAAGACGAACAGCGAUUUAAAUAGCCACGGUACCCGGCAAGGUACCCAGAUAAAUUUCUUGUCUACGGUUCCAACGAACGUCCGAUAUGGCGACCGUGGACAAAGAUCUCGAAGAUCUCAUGUCCCAUCUGGGUGAAUUCGGCAAAUACCAGUUCCGGCAAUACUGCCUUCACCUACUCGCCGCCCUUACGGCAGGUGUGCACAUGCUAUCUCUACUGACAGUCGCGGCGGUGCCGGCUCAUCACUGCGAUAUCCCGAAAGCGAACGUGUCGUCCGUUCUGACCAAUGAACUAUUCAAUCUCACCACUCAUAACUGGGCCAAUUCUUCAGACGUGUUGGAACACCUUCCGCGCCGUCUCGACAGUUGUCACUAUCUGGAUCAUGACAACGUCACCCGGGAAUGUAACUCGUGGACCUACGACACAACGUACUUCCAAUCGUCCCGCGGCAUGGAAUGGAACUUCGUUUGCUCGCGACGUUGGAUGGGUGCCAUGGCGCAGUCCUCGUACAUGUUUGGUGUGUUCGUGGGCGCGAUCACCCUUGGUAGCAUGGCAGACACAUACGGCAGAAAGAUCAUAUUUUAUGUGUCCGCGGUAGCACAGCUGGGACUCGGAGUACUGGUCGCCCUGGUGAACAACUACUACGUCUUUCUGGCGAUCCGCUUUCUGUAUGGUAUCUUCGGUUCCGCUGGUGCAUACAUCACCGCAUUUGUGCUGACAAUGGAGCUGGUGGGACCGUCUAAGAGAACCGUGUGCGGUAUAAUGUUUCAAUUGGUCUUCGCCAUAGGUUUCAUGCUGGUGGCAGUGUGGGGCGCCGUGCUCAAGGAUCGUAUGUGGCUGCAGAUCGUGUACGGUUUGCAUAGCGCGAUUCUGCUCGGCCACUGGUGGCUGAUGGACGAGUCACCCAGAUGGCUGUGGGCACACGGUCGCGCUGCCGAGGCAAUUAUCAUCGUGCAGAAGGGGUUAAAAGUGAACGGCAACGAUGUUCAUGUGGACGCCGCCAGGCUAAUCAGCAGAUCGAAAGUGCAGCAGGAGACUAAGGAGGAAAAAUCUUACAGCGCGCUUGAUCUCUUUAAAACACCGAAUCUCCGCAAGAAGAGUCUAAACAUCUGCCUUAAUUGGUUUGCUAAUUCGAUUGCUUAUUAUGGUCUGGCGCUCAAUAUGGGCAAUCUCGUCGGCAAUCCGUUUGUUAUGCUGUUCCUAAGCGGCGUGCUGGAGUUUCCGGUGUACAUCUUGAUAAUGUUCAUUAUGGAUCGCACUGGCAGGAGAUGCCUGACCAGCACGUUCCUGAUGACGGGCGGCCUGUGCUGCAUCUGCGCCGCUACCAUCAGCGGCGCGACCAGUGAUCUAGCGGCUGUGGCCAAAGUCACGGUAGUGCUCGUGGGCAAGAGUUGCAUCGCCGGCUCAUUCGCCGUGAUAUACAACUACACGGCCGAACUGUUCCCUACGGUGGUGAGGAACACGGCGAUCGGUAUCGGUUCCAUGUGCGCGCGUUUCAGUGGCGCUCUUACGCCCAUGAUCUUCCUGUUGGACUCACUGGACGCGCGAGUACCAGCCACGCUGUUCGGCCUUAUUGCUCUGAUGGCGGGCUUUCUGGCGCUCUAUUUGCCGGAAACGGUGAAUCAACCGAUGCCAGAGACCAUUGAGGACGGCGAGAACUUUGGCAAAGGUGAUACCUGCUUCACCACCUGCUUGGGUGGCGACGCAAAAGUCAUUGCGAGCGAACACGAUGUCAAAAUGGACAAGAUACCAGAAAAAGAAGAAAAGGAGAAAUUGAAUGAUAUAUAAAAGAUCGUAUUGUCUUAAGAAAGUCACCAAAUGCCUUUAAUUAGUACUUAUAGUUGUAAUAUACUGAGAUGAAAACAGAUACAUCUUGAUCUUGAAAAUAUCAAGUUAUGCUGAUAUUAGAGAUAUUUAUUAAAAAUACUUAUUAAAAUUUAUAAAGAUUAUCUCACCUGGGUAAAGUACGCACAAUUCGUUAUUGAGAAAAAGAUAUUUAGAAACAAUUUACAUAUUAUGUAUGUACAGAAAAAAAGAGAAGGUCAGUUUUUGGAAUUGUAUACAUAAUAUAUAUUAAGAGAUAAAAGAGUUGAACAUAUUAAAUGUUUGACCAGUUCGAAUAGCUCGAAGCAAAACAAGAGCAUUGUUUGCAGUGAUUGUUAAGCAGUAAUCGAUCUGUAAUAUCAAUUUAUUAUGUUCAAAACUCGAAGAGUUUAGAUUAAUAUUAAUAUUAUAUUAAUAUAUAAAACGUUUUUAUUUGAAUUAUAAUAAUUUCGAACUUCCGGAUCUAUAUAAAGUGAGUUUGGAAAGUUCAAACAUAUUUAGUUUGAAAAGUUUCAACUAUUUUUAAUGCUUGAGAUUUGAACUGUCCGAAUUAUUCAAUCAUCUAAUAUUUCCAAGCACUAAUGUAUACAUAUUGUAUAUAAAAAAAUUUUAUACUAACAAUAUUACAGUCAGUCCAACAAGAGUGUAUACAUUUGCAAAAAGAUUCAUGAAAAUGUAAAAAAAAUAUAUGUCAUUUUAAAAUAUAUUUAGUGGUCUAUUUUAUCUAAUAUACAAAGAUUGCAAUACAUUGCAAUACAUUACUUUUUCUUUACGACAUAAAUUGGCGCCAAAGUUACACUACAUUCUGUUUUAAAUUUUCAUAAAUCUUUCUGCAGAUAUGGCGCAUAUGCUUUUGUGGGACAGACUGUAUAUAUAAUUCUUUAUUUUUUAGUAAAAACACAAAUUAGAAUAUUCUAAAACUUUAAUAGCAAUAAUAAUAUUAUCUGCAUGUAUACUAAAAAAAGACGAUAUUUUUAAUACCGAGAUUAUAUAUGAGAGCAGAUUCUAUUUUGUAAAAUUAUUUAUGUGUUAUUGAUUAGAUUUAUAUAGUAACGCUAUUUAUAUAACAAUACUUCAUUACUUGAUCUAGUGACUUCUAUUUUCAUAAAAUUUUACAUCAUAUAGAAGACAUUCAAUGAAUGCCUUCGAAACUUAGAAAAUGAAAUUAUUUAAACAUAAAACAAUUACUUGUUAGUAAAAAUAUUCAAAUACACAUGCACUUUUAGAAAAAA